UUUUCGUCAUCCAACCUUCCACCUUCAAUUUCUCUCUUCCUUCUUCAAUGGGGUGCUGGACUAGGGGUCCAAUUAUCGGACGGGGUUCCUCCGCAACGGUUUCUCUAGCCACCACGGCUUCCGGCGAACUCUUGGCCGUGAAGUCCGCUGAUCUUUCUUGCUCAAGCUUGCUGCAAAAAGAGAAAAGCUUGAUUUCUGAACUUUCCUCACCUUACAUAGUUAAAUAUGUAGGCUGUGAUGUUACAACAGAAAAUGAUAAGCCUUUGUACAAUUUGUUGAUGGAGUAUGUUCCCGGUGGCACGCUUUCUGAUCAAAUAAGGAAGCAGGGAGGUCCAUUGGAGGAGUCCAUGAUUCAAGUCUUUGCACAUCAAAUCUUGCAAGGAUUGGAUUACCUUCAUUUGAAUGGAAUUGUUCACUGUGAUAUCAAGGGCCAGAAUGUGUUAAUUGGCAGAGACGGGGCGAAAAUUGGAGAUUUGGGAUGCGCUAGGAUGGUUGAAGAAGGAAAUGGGAUGGCCGGAAAAUCAGUAAUCGCUGGCACACCUAUGUUCAUGGCACCAGAGGUUGCUCGUGGAGAAGAACAAGGAUUUGCUGCUGAUAUAUGGGCUCUGGGGUGCACUAUCAUCGAAGUGGCGACGGGGAAUAAUCCUUGGCCUGAUAUGGAAGACCCUCUGAGGGAGGAGACCAGGGAACCAUCACCUUCUCCGUCAACCUCAGACCAACAACCACCAGCUGCAACCUCAACCAAGCUGCAUUUCACCAUUUCCAGCUGCAACUCAUCAAACCAGAGCCAGCAAACCCCGCGGAAGAAGAGAGCCGAGAGGGAGAAAAUUUUCGGACUUUCUGUGCAGGAGCUUAGCUUGUUGUGA